UGCCUUGCUCAACAAAACAACAACAAGAAGAAGCUUUGCUUUGCUUGCUUGCUUGCUUGAUUGGAUCCAGGUUGGGUGGUGUGUAGUGCUGACUGUCCUGUUGGUGGUGCUAGUGGUCAGAGGUGUGGUGUUUACAGCUGCCACCAGCAUCUCCCACCCGCGAGCGCACAUACAUACGCGUGCACGUGCACACGUGGGCGCCCCUCCCUCUUGCGUUUUUUUUUCUCUCCUGCUUCUCGGUCAAAACGCAACAACAACCACAACCACAACAACAACCAACAAAUCGCAACCACAACAGCAAGUAGCCAGCUUUCAACACAGGGAACCGCAGGGACAAGGGCAGAACCGAAGAAGCAAGCCAACAUGCUGUCCGAGCCCCAGCGCAUCAAGCUGUGGCUUGAGCUCAAAAUCUCCAGGCAAGAUGCAGAGAAGGCCCUGCACAAUGAGCCGGAAGGCACCUUCAUCAUCCGCGCCAGCGCAUCGCGACCAACAGACUACGUGCUCUCGGUUCGCGUUGGCGAUGGCAUCAAGCACAACCAGCUUCGACACAACGGCGGGAAGAUGCUGACCAAGAGCGGGAAGCUGCUGCGCAGCCUGCCGGACCUGGUGCAGCACUACCGUACAGAGAAGGACGGCUUGGCAGUGCUUCUGGGUAAGACGUGCACUUACUUUGACCCGCCAGAGGAGCCGCCCGUCACCUACGCCAACUUGAUUCGCUCCCACAACAAACUCGAGUCCGACUACGAACGGGCAGCUGACGGAUUGCCGCCAUCAAAAGCAGAUCCAGAGGCCGGGCUGUAUGAGAACGCGUCAUCUGUUGUUGCAGCCAUGUCCUCGCUCCCGCCAAUGCCUUCGGACACAAAGAACCGCCGCCCACCUGCUCGCCCACUCUCAGAUGCACUCAGCACACACACCUCGGUGAGCAUGGCCUCUCGCUCAGCGCGCGAAGUUGUUGACGAGGACGAGGAUGACGCCCACGACUACGAGAACGACUACAUCAUCCCCGAACUGCUUCCGUUUGAGAUUGAGGCGUCCCGGCUGCAGGUGAUGCACGAGCUCGGCGCAGGCCAGUUUGGACAGGUGUUUGCGGCGUGGCUGGCGCCGUGCACACACCCGCAGGCGGCAGACCGCACGUGCGAGGAGCGAGAUGGGCAGCUGGUGGCUGUCAAGUCAUGCAAGGCUGCGUCGGAGGACGUGGUGGCGGUGAAGCAGUUCAUGCAGGAGGCCGAGACGCUCGCCCGCUUCUCGCACGAGAACGUUCUCAAGCUGAUUGGCGUGAUCACGCAGCAGAAGCCGCUGCGCAUCAUCGUGGAGCACAUCCCAUAUGGGGACCUGCGGGCGGUGCUGAAGAGCUGCCGCCGCAACAGCAUCCGCGUCAACGCCCUUGAGAAGACGCACAUCACCACGCAGGUUGCAGCCGGCAUGGCGCACCUCACCGCGCAGGGGUUUGUGCACCGCGACCUUGCUGCGCGCAAUGUGUUGCUCGGGCGGUACUGCGCAGUGAAGAUUGCAGACUUUGGUCUCUCCCGACAGCUGGAGGACGAGACGCAGAACUACAUUGUGCGCUCCCGCUGCCUGCUGCCCAUCAAGUGGAUGGCGCCAGAGAGCCUCAUUGCGCGCGUGUUUACGCACGCCACGGACGUAUACUCGUUUGGCGUGUUUUUGUGGGAGGUGGAGACGCAGGCGAAGACGCCGUGGAAGGGCAGCAGCACGGACGAGGUGGUUCGCCGCGUGCGUGCUGGUGAGCGCCUGCCGUGCCCGAGCAAGUGCUCGGAUGGCGUCUACGACAUCAUGAAACUCUGUUGGCACGAGGACCCCGCACAGCGCGCGUCCUUCACGGAUCUUCACCAGCAACUGCAAGCCCUCUGCACUAUCGAGAAGCAGCGGUCUGGGCGACUCCCCCGUGACAUUGGGCAGCUUGUGCCGACCGCCAGCAGCAAGCACGCCGCAACGCUGGCCCAGCUUGACCCGCGUGCGUCCGUGUUUGACACGUCGAAGCAGGACGAUGACAGCAACCUUGAGUUUCCGCGCGAGGACCUGCGGUUUGUGUGCGAUCUCGGCACCAACGGCAAUACCCAACUCGUCGUCAUGGAGACGUCAAGCGGAUUCGCAGCUGGUGCGCGCGAGUCUGUCGUCGUGAAGAUGCUGACGGAAGGGGCGCCAGCUUCCGCCGCCAAAGCAUUGCGCAAGGAGAUGGGCCUUUUGCGUAAGCAGCGUUUCAACCACCCCAACGUGGUGUCCUUGCUUGGGUUCUGCUCACGUGAGGAGCCACAUUUCAUCAUCCUCGAGUAUCUUCCCUUUGGCGACCUCCUCUCGUAUCUCCGCAGCAGCGCAGCCACGCCUGCCAGGCCGAGCCAGCUUGGGACACCACACCUGAUGAACAUGUGCGAGAACAUCGCUGCUGGUGCCGCCUACCUCGCUCAUCGAGGCGUCGUGCACAGAGACCUUGCUGCACGCAACUGCCUUGUUGGGUCCGAUCUGACAGUGAAGAUCUCCAACUUUGGGCUCGGUCACGCUUUGCAUGAGCAGGACUACUACACGGCCAAGGGAGACAAGCUGCCCCUGCGAUGGAUGGCACCAGAGGCUGUGUCGUACGCCAAGUACUCCCUCAAGUCCGAUGUGUGGAGCUUUGGCGUUACCGCGUGGGAGGUGUUUACGUUUGGCAAGACGCCGUACGGGACGUUGACAGAUAUGGAGCUUGCGGACCGUCACGCCGCAGGGAAAUUGCCCCAGCUCGAGCUCCCUGCACGCUGUCCUGACGCAAUCAAGGACGUCGUCAUGCGCUGCUUCAUGCACAAGUCUGCAGAUCGCCCGACAUUCGACGAGCUGCACGACGCAAUCAAGAAAUACCUGGAUCGUGGCCUCACCAUGCUCAAACAGCGAGAGCAGGAGUCUGCCGCGCUGCCGUCGUCGGCGGAUAUCGACUGGACCAUGGGCGUCGGGGAAAUUGUGCUGUCGGGAUUCAUGAUCAAGCAAGGCGGGGGCAGAAGCACACUCGGCAGGCAGUCCUGGAAGAAGCGAUGGUUUGUGCUGCGCGACAGCGGACACCUGUCGUACCACAAGAGCCUUCGCCCGGACGCCAAACCACUGCGCAUCAUUGAUCUCCGUGAGGUGACGGCGGUGGAGGAAAAGGAGCCCUUCAAUGACUCGUUCUCGGGCAGCCACUGCCUCUCCCUCAUCACGCCAGAUCGCACCUUCAACUUUGUCUGCGCUGACGAGAACGAGUACAAGAGCUGGUUGGAGUUUCUGAGUGCAGCCAUCGCAUCCUUGGCGUCGGCAGCAUGAACGCCUCCGUGCGGGGCAAACGCGGGCCUUGUGCUUUCUGUGCCUUUCCGUGUCUCCCACCCUCUCCCAUUCACAGCUGAUCUGGCACGGGUAACGCAGCCUUGUUCUCUGAUGCGUGUGAAAGCGGGCAGUGUUGUCUUGCUUGCUGUGUGCUCCGUUGUGUGUUUCUGUGCACUUUUUAUAAUUUGACAUGAACUGCCAUUCCUUUCUUCUUUCCUUCGUCUCUCUUCCUUUCUUCCUUUCUUUGCUCUUCUGCCUUUCCUUUGUGUUGUCGAGCUGGUUCGACAGGCAGAAGUGCUGAAGUGUUCGCCGUUGGUUCGUGAGGGCGCGUGUGCGAUGUGGUUUGACUGAGUGAUGAGGGUAGCUAAUCAACAACCAAGGGCGGAAGCAAUAUCAACGAAUAAACAGCAUGGAGUG